AGAGAAGAAGAAACGCUCUCUCUCUCUUUUUUAUCCUUUUGAUCAAUUCUCCUCGAGCCAAAGCAUUUCAAUUUCGAAAAUUUCCAAUUUUCGCGUUGCUAAGGGAUGGCGGCGGUAAAUGGAAAUACUCCGGCGGAGACAACGCCGGCAACCACCGGAUCGAAGCAACCUACUCCUCCGGCUAAAUCCGUCGAUAGCCAAUCCGUUCUCAAAAGGCUGCAAUCUGAACUAAUGGCUUUAAUGAUGGGAGGUGAUCCAGGGAUAUCUGCUUUCCCAGAGGAAGACAACAUAUUCUGCUGGAAAGGAACUAUCACAGGGAGCAAUGACACUGUGUUCCAAGGAACUGAGUACAGACUCUCACUCGCUUUCUCCAAUGAUUAUCCUUUUAAACCUCCCAAAGUUAAGUUUGAGACUUGCUGUUUCCAUCCCAAUGUGGAUCUCUAUGGCAAUAUUUGCUUGGACAUUCUUCAGGAUAAAUGGUCAUCGGCUUACGAUGUGAGGACGAUAUUACUCUCGAUUCAAAGCCUUCUCGGAGAACCGAACAUCAGCUCACCAUUGAACAAUCAAGCAGCUCAGCUUUGGAGCAAUCAAGAAGAGUACAGGAAGAUGGUUCAGAAGCUCUACAUACCAUUGAACGCAUGAUUCUUAAAAGCCUCUUAAGUAACUGGAUCAGCCAUAAUAUGAUUUUCUAGAUUGCAUUCAAUAGAUCAUUUUUCUUCUACUUUGUAAUCUCAAACUUAAAGCCAGUAUUAGGAAUCAAAGGAGACCCUUUUAUUAGAGUUACUAGUUGCAUAUUCCCCGCGC